CGCAGAGCGGUCAAUGCGCAGAGCUGUCACGGCUACGGACGGGAGUCACCAGGCGUCUGUUGUUGUAAAAAGAACAGCAUAAAUUGUGUUUUAAGACAAGUUGACAAACGAACAUCACAUCGGAAUAUGGAUGACGACGUGCUGACGACUCUGAAACUGUUGAUAAUAGGCGAAAGCGGAGUGGGGAAGUCCAGUCUUCUCCUGAGAUUCACAGAGGAUACAUUUGAUCCAGAACAGUCAGCGACAAUAGGUGUGGAUUUCAAGGUGAAGACUCUAUCUAUAGAUGGAAACAAAGCAAAACUCGCCAUAUGGGACACAGCCGGUCAGGAAAGGUUUCGGACACUAACACCCAGUUACUACCGUGGCGCACAGGGUGUCAUACUUGUAUACGACGUGACAAAGCGAGACACCUUCACCAAGCUUGAAAACUGGCUGAAUGAACUGGAAACCUACACAACUCGCAAUGAUAUCGUGAAAAUGCUCGUCGGGAACAAGAUUGAUAGGGAAGACCAUGAAGUAGACCGCAGUGAAGGCCUGAAGUUUGCAAGGAAACACGCAAUGCUUUUUAUCGAGGCAAGCGCAAAGACCAAAGACGGUGUCCAGUGUGCCUUUGAGGAACUUGUGGAGAAGAUCCUCCAGACUCCUGGUCUUUGGGAGAGUGAAUCCCAGGGACAGAAGCUGCACCUGGGUAGCCAGGAGCAAGGUGGCGUGGGCAGGGCGUGCGGAGGGUACUGCUCCGUUCCUUGAAAAAAACGACAGGAAAAAAAAUGACAGACCAGAACCAAUUAAGGAGAUAAAUACUGCGGAGUGGUUUACGAGUGAAGAUGGGGGAAUGGACUCCUUGCACACGACACUUCUUUCCGUUUAGCUGUUUUAGACUUUUGGAAUGAUCGUAAGCGAUGCCGGUGUGGAACUACUAUGAGAUGAUCUCACUCUUAACGGCAACAUCUCGGCGACGGCUUCCUCUGCCUUCGUCAUAUGUUGCUGAUUACCUAAUGGUGGUUUCUGCUGGCUCCAUGUAGACUUCCAGCAUGCACCAAAACACUGUGCAUCGUCCUAAAUGAGACAUUUCAUUCUUUCGUUCUCACUUAAUAUUCAUGUUACCACCUUAUUCAUGAAAUUCAUGUUACCCCUCCGCACUUCUAUACAUAAAUAAAUAUGCAAAACAGGUCAUAUAGACUUGAUGGACUUGUCUACAAUAUGGACCUUAACAACACACCGUAUUUAACGCUCUAAAUGUGCUUUAGAACACACUCGAACUUCGCUUAAAUGAUCGGCACACGUCUUAUAUAUGAUACACAUACCCUGGUUAAUUAUGGACCGGUUCUAACUUUAUUUGUAGUAAAUGAAUCAUUGUCCAUAUUUAUUAUUCAGUAUUCUACUGACCUAUAAGAGCAUUCCCAAGAACUUUAUGUUCUGUUAUUUCAUUUUCAUUAAAUUUUGCUUUGUUCGAUUAUAUUUAGCAAUAUCAUGUCGCCAUGAUAACCUGCCUUAACCAUAAAUGAUGUUUGCUGUAGUUGCAGUGUGGAAAAGUUUGUACUGUUUGAAAGAGAAAUAAAUGACACCGUGAAGGUGCGGUCGCUUUAAA